AUGGCGACGACGGUGUCGUCCCGGACGCAUGAGGGGGAUAGGAUUUUGAUGUUGACGAUGUUUGCGAUUGUGACGGUGGUGAGGAAGUUGCAUCGUCCCGAGCGGCAGGUCACGAGGUCUUCUUCAGCGGCCAGCGUCUCGCCAAUGGCCGCUUCCCUAUUUAAUUUCAACGUUUUUGAUGACGUGUGUUUUUCACCAUGGGUUGGCAUGCCGUGUGCUGGCCCGUGCGGAUGGCCUCAGCUUGCCGUGAGUGCGCAAGGCUCACAGGGCAAGGCUCACAGGAAGUACAGGUUUGGAGGUGUCGCCAAUGCUUGA